GUGGCCAUGCGCAGGGACAGGCAAGCCGCGACGAUGCCCAGCACAAAACCAAGGAGAAGAGUUUGAACCAGAGGCAAGUGACCUUCGAGUAUUCCCACCAGUUCGUUUGGGAUGACCGAUCCAUCAACUUUCCAAGCAGCCGCCGCGGACUGAAUUUCAAUGGCAAAGGAUUCCACGAGUACCUGCAUCGACCUGGCUCAUUGUUAGCACCUGUGUAUAUCAGACUCCAGCCGUUCACAGAAGGAGGGAUGCGACAUGUAUAUUGUUUCAAGGACUCAAGCGUGAAGCUCUGGGCUGAGCAGGGCAACGACGAAAUGGCCAUGCGGGCAGCGGGGACUAAUGCUCGCAUGGUAGCGAAGCUGUCAAGGUACGCGGAUGAGUGGCACAAUUCCUUUGAUGUCGUGUCAGCCUAUGCAAAGAGCAGUGCAAUAGCCAAGUGGUAUUCUCGCAUAUUUACGCUUGCGGCAGCUGACAGGCUAGGUCUCAAAGGGCGCAGCAUGGCUCGAAUUAUCUUCGUGGAGUGCUACAUCUACGAGGCAAGGGACGGAUAUGACGCACCUACCAAGUUCUUCGUCGGCGAACGGUAUUUGCCAGGAUCCUUCCUCAAGUACAACUCGAACCAUGGCUACGUGAAUCCAGAAGCUCCCGACACGGAGAUUGCGCAGGCUUUCUCACAUUUCACCUUCGAGGCAAGUGGUGGGAAACACAUGGUGCUUGACCUGCAGGGGGUGUAUGUGGACAAGGAACAUCGGCGUCGCCCGCACAUUAUCAUGACAGAUCCGCAAGUGGUGUCCCUGGAGAAAUCUUUCGGGCCAGGUGAUCUGGGUGUCGAGGGUAUGCGGGCCUUCUUCAACAGUCACAAGUGUGGAGCGACGUGUCGUCAAAUGCGGCUGGAUCCAUAUACCCUCAAGAGACUCCGCCGCAUCAUCCGCAGGAGGAAGGUGGGAUGCACUGGACCCGAACAUGACAGCGACGUCAGCUCCGCACCCGCACCGGUAGGGGAGGUUGCACCGCCUGCUCUGAUGCCGCCUACCCCUGGUGAGUCUGGGAGCAUCAUGAGCCUGCGGGCUCCGCAGGCAGUCGCCCCUUUGCCGUCAGAGGCAACUCCAGGCAUCGAAGCUCCUCCGUCGAGUGCGUUAACAGCUUCUGUUCCUAGCGAGCCCAAGGCAGACAUAGCAUCCGAAGGGCAGUUGCUCAGUCUCAGUCGCCACUCCGCACGUUCCAAGGUUCUAGGGUUUAGGGUUAGGGGCUUAGGACUUAGGGUUUAG